AUGUUUGUGAAACUGACCGACUGCCCUGUUGACAUGGUUGAUAUUGUUGAAACAGGAUUUACUCAUAAUCCGUGGGUAGAAACUCCCUCUUCAAUAAAUACUUCAUUCUGCCCGGUUUGCAAGUUCUUCACUAAGGAUGAGGAUGGAGUCUCUCUGGCUCCAUUUAUGCUAGUGCAUCUCUCCAAGGCUUGGGCGGAUACAUGGGCAAAUAUCAAACAUAUAGUGUUAGACGGGAGUGCACCUUUUGUGAAGACUCAUGGAACCACAUUGUUUGAGUAUGAGGACAAAGACCCCCAUUUCAGUGAGAUGUUCAACAAAGCCAUGUUCAACCAGACAACCAUGCUCAUGAAGAAGAUGCUUGAAAAUUACAAGGGAUUUGAGAGUAUUAAUGUGCUUGUGGAUGUGGCCGGUGGUCAUGGGGGCAUUCUUUCCAUCAUACUAUCCAAGUACCCACACAUCAAAGGCGUCAACUUUGAUUUACCUAAAGUGGUCUCUCAAGCACAACCCAUUGAAGGAGUGGAGUUUGCAGGGGGAGACAUGUUUGAAAGUGUCCCUAGUGGUGAUGCCAUAUUACUGAAGGAGGUACUUCAUAAUUGGAGUGAUGCGGAUUGUAUGAAGGUAUUGAAAAACUGUUUGAAGGCAUUACCAGAUGAUGGAAAAUUAAUCGUUAUAGAGCAAGUUAUUCCUAAAAACAUUGAUGAAGCAAAGAAUGCUUUGCUUCUUGAUAUUGUUAUGUUGACUUUCUUUACUGGAGGGAAAGAAAGAACUGAACAGGAAUAUCAAUUUCUUGCUAAAGAAAGUGGAUUUUCUAAAGUCAAAUUUGUGUGUAAUAUUUAUAGUUUUUCUGUCAUGGAAUUCUACAAGUAAAUGCAACUUGUGACUUACGGCAAAUCAAAGUCUUUUAUGUAAUCUUUUU